UACACCGGAAGGGUUUAGUCUGUUAAAAACAGUUAAACCCCCCCUAUCAUUGUUAAAGUUGGAACCAACAAUCUAAUACUUCUUUAUUAUUCCAAAUGCUAAUUUCUCAGCCUUGCUUAUCUUUUAUCUACACCCAGCCUAGACCGACCCAUAAAUUUUCCGGCCACCACAGCAGCUACUUCCAUGGCUCUCCAGUAAAAACCGUUUCACUUGUAAACAAGAAUUACUAUACUGAAAUAACCAGCUCGUUAAGCUUCAGUGCUCGUCCCCAGAAAAGAAAUUCUCCAAGUGUGCAGAGUGGGUUUCAAGAAGACCAAGAAUUUGUUGAAGUUGUUGAUUAUGAUGUGAGUAAUGACAAUUAUGAUGAUGAUGGCAGAGAUGGUGAUGGCAGAUUUUCUGCUCGGGGGAGAUUUGGAAGUAGAGAAGAAAAAGAUUUUGAUAAAGACCCUGAAUUUGCUGAAAUUCUUGGAAGUUGUCUUGAAAAUCCACAAAAAGCUCAAGAAAAGAUGGAUGAGAGAUUCAGGAAGAAAAGGAACAAGAUUGUGCAAACAAAGACUGGUUCAGCUGCACCUAUGAAGGUUACAUUGAACAAAUUUGAUUUCUCAAAUGCAUACAUAUGGUUUGAAUUCUAUAAUGCUCCACUCGAGAAAGAUGUCACUUUAAUUUGUGAUACAAUUCGGGCAUGGCACAUCAUUGGACGCCUUGGUGGAUGCAAUUCUAUGAAUAUGCAAUUGUCACAAUCAACGUUCGAUAAAAGACCAACUUAUGAUGCUAUUCAAGGAGCAAAUGUGACACCAGCUACAUUUUACAACAUUGGAGAUUUUGAGGUUCAAGACAAUUUGGCGCGUAUAUGGAUAGAUAUCGGGACCUCCGAGCCAUUGCUUCUCGACAUUUUGAUCAAUGCAUUGACACAAAUAAGCUCCGACUACGUAGGGAUUAAGCAGUUGAUAUUUGGUGGAUCUGAAUUUGAGAAUUGGAAGGAGAAUUUUACUUCUGAAGAUGCUGGCUGCAGUGUGCACAAGAUUUAACAGUGCACUCAGCUCCCAAGGAAAAACCUCCCAGAGCACUUUCUUUUUUUAAUCCUUUUCAGAUUCUGUGUAAAUAUAGGGUAGAAGAGAUAAAGGAUAACAAUUAGAACUCUAAAAAUUGGAACAGCAUAAACUUUGGUGUGUUUUUGCUAGUUGUUGAAUGUUGGUAGGCACCAGAAAAGGGCUUUUUUUUAAAAAAAUUGUACUCUUUAAGGAAGAGGUGAAAUGUUCUCUAUUGUGAAACACUGGUCUAUUACUACUUGCAAAUUUGCAAUAUUAUGGGUAAUGGAUAUAA